AAAAACCAAAUCGGAGGAGGCCAAUAAAGUGAGUGGUGGGAGGUUAUUGCAGCUACGCCUGCUGACCUCACCCCCGUGGACCAACCUGUGGGAUUCCCCCCUGGCACACACAUCCAUUCACCGGCUGCCAUUAAAGCUCUAAAUUGCAGCACCAAGGUAGCCCAUAGACCCUGGUUUGUCCCCCCCCCCUGCCAGCAAUAUUAUUAAUACAACUCCUGGGGUGCCGGAGAGGUUGAGAGGGGUUGAUGGAAGGUUAAGAGCGAGGCGGUGAGUGGACCCGGGAAUGGGCAGGGACCUAGAAGUCCUUUUGUAGUUCAGCGUGAAGUCACUGUUUUUUUUCUUUUUCUUUCUUCAAAUGUCAAGAUAAAAGGGCUGAAAUCCUCAAAACACUCCGACUAAAACGCAUCGACUGGCAAUAAAAAUGCAUCUUCCUGCUUUGCAAUUUUCUUUCAAUUCUGGCCAAUACCUUUUUUUCCACCCGCUUCUUAAAGCAAAAAAGUUCCUGACGUGACAUGACUGUGAAGCAGACAGGGAGCGCGUCCUGCACUGGCAUGUGGCUUGGUUUUUCUACCAGGAGACUCAAAGCCCCGACUUCUCCACAUUUUGUCACAGGCUCGACUGAAUUUCAGACACCCCUGUUUAAAGAAACGACUAAACAUGGGGGAGGACGGGGUCUCCGCCACUAAAUGCCUCCUUAAACUUUUCUCAGGACUUUGAGAGGUCAUUAAUUUUGUCAGCCUUUUCUUAGUCUCUGACACUGGCCAUCAAUCAGAGGUGUUAUUAGUAUUCGCUCGACCCCAACUCCGAGCAUGUCCCCGCUCAGACGGGGACCACACACUAGUAGGAAGAGAUUAAGGCUGUGUGUGUCACAUCACGUUGCACCGAGCCCCCCCCCCAACCCUCGGGGAUGGCCGCUGCUGAAUAAGUAAGUUCUCUGGGACAGAGGGCAAUGGUGGUAAUGUUUAACGAUACCUCAACAAUAUGGAUCUGUGUACUUAACAACUUGUGGUUAUGGUUGUGGGGGGAAAAGCGAAGCAGAUUUCUAAUGAUUUUCUCCAAAUUAAACUCCCCCCCCCGAGGUCCAAACAUAAUGAGGUUUUGAAAAUGCAAUCCAUGGUGUGACCUUUGUGAUCGAUGCUAAAAUAAACACCGCUCUAUUACAGGAAUUGGACGAAUCAAUCAACAAACCACCCCUAGUUUGAGAGAAGAACGGUUUAACCUCGUCAGUUGUGCUUCUCAGUACAUUUUUUCCUCUUCCAAGUGACCCCGCCGCAGCCCAUCCCCUCUCGCCCUCUCAGUCUUUAUGCAACAAUAGAAAUUUGUUUCCGGGAUCCGUGCGUCAGGCUCUGUGAUGUGAAUGACCCACCAGCACAAAAGCUCAAGCCCUUUGACUAAAACGGGGGGGGGGAGAAAGGUGGAUAUGGCUGCCACGACUGUGAUGACGUCACUUUGCUAAAAUUGUGCCGCUCACAAAGAGAGAGAAGCAGAAUCAGUUUGGAAACGAGCUCCGUGCUCCGCCACCUAAUCCAUCAGUUGUUGUGAUGUUGCUGCCGCUGACCCCCAUUUCCUCCUACACUUUAUUUUAAUGAACUAAAAGUUUUGAACUGACAAAUAUAUUUAUAUAUUUAUGUGUGCUGUGCCUGUUAAAAUUCGUACAACUGAAUAUUCAAUGUCUCUCCACUUACCCCGCAUAACUUCUUGUUUUUUUUAUUCCUAGGAAAUGUCAGAAAGUUUUUAAUUGCCAGCCGUACAAAAAGCAAGCUAUACAUGUUAUUUUUUUGCAACCAUCUGUUGUCGUAUGACCGGAUUUCUUUUCACUCACAGACUUGUGUUGGGGCCACGGCUAAUUAGAUCAGUGCUAUCAGUUUCACUGUUCCCUUUUCUCCCCAGGAAUUAACAUGAGAAAUGUUUGUUUUGCUUUUUUUGGCCUCGCUCCCUUUGCUGCUUUUUUUCUUUCUUCGUCUCUUAAAUGAGUCACUGCCGCACCUCAACGUGCACGUUCGUAAGAGGAGCGAUCUUUGUUCAAUUGCUCAUCUGCAGCAUCUUUUAAGAGAUCUUCACGUGAGCAUAGCAAACGGAAGUUCCGUGUGAUCAGUGGGUGGGACAGACAGAAAACAGCUGCAGUCCUCGGAAAACAAAUAUAACAUAUGUGCAGAGUGCAAGAAUAAGUUACAGAUUUUUGUUGUUUAGUCAACCUAUGUGCAUUCACUCAAACAUCACUUGAAAUGCAAUUGAAAUUCCUCCUAAUCUGGGCCAAGUGUUGGCAACAUAACAAUCUGGCUCUAUAGGACACAACCUUUAUUGUAUUCAGUGCCGGCCAAGAAACUUCCUGUAAAUACAUUAUUGUUUACCACAGAAGUUUCAUACCCAGGAUUUCGUAAGGUCAACAUUUCUUCUGGCACACUGAGCCUGAACUGCACUUUAUUCCCCUUUAAUUUAACAGCUCCGGCAGCUUUUCUAGUUAAAUCGACUGUUCAUUAUUGAGACCCAUUUUACGAAGGGGCUGUGAGGUGCAAUUUAAUGAAUCUCUGGCACAAAGCUCCCUUUCACUGCCGGGCAAAGAAUAGAGGCUAUUUAGACCCUGUAGGGCUUUAUGUCAAAGGCAGCCCAUAAUAGUUGUCAGGCCAGGGCAGAAAUUCCCACUGGCCUGGGAAUGCACUAGAAAUCAACUUUUGCCAUGAGCAGAUUAAGACACAAGCGAGCAGUUGGGAAGAUUCUUCCAGAUAGUGGCAUCUGUUUGGGCAUGAGGAUUUUCCCACAGACAAGAAGAAGCCUUUUCCCUUUACUGUAUAGCCUCGGAUUUCUUUUUUAUGGCUGCGUUUGUUUCAGUGCCUCAAUGAAAAGUAAUUAGAUUACAAGUUAACUUCUAUUUGGUAAUCCAGGCAGGAAGCACAUGGUGAUUGAAUAGCAGGUUAAACGAGUUAGAAAAGCAGGGAGAACCACUCGAAUAAUGCUGAUUGGUCGAGGAUUUUAGGGAUUAUAACAAGUUUUUUUUACUUCUCCUGAUAAUCAGAUGUAUUUUUUUUUUGGAACAGUUCUGCCCAGCAAAAAUGCCCAGUCCAAGACUUUUAAGAGCUUUCCUGCGCACAGCUACAGUAAUAUCCUCCGGUUUCAUGUGAGCGUUUUGGGUUCAGAGCACACACAAACAGUUAAACUAGAGGGGGAGAGUUGUGACAGAGGUUAUUGUCUUCAACUCAGCAGGGAAUUUCAGACAAAUCCCUCUUAGAUGCAGGUGGUCGGGCACAAGCAAAGAGUUAAGUCCCGCGGUCCCUUUGCCCCUCCUCUUUGAUGUUCUGACAUCAUUAGCCCGGCCCCCUGUAAGAUCUCCUCACUUUCCUCAGUGGCCGUCACUUCUACUCUGGGAUGUUUACAGGAACUCCAUGAGCAGCAUCAGGACCAAGUGUUUGUCCGGGGGAAAAAUAGACAUGCUUUGAAGCAACUUUUGGAUCGGGGAUCACAGCGGAUGCCACAGGUGUAGCCGCUGGCGCUCAACAGAGUAAUGGCUGUUCAGACUGCAAUCAUGAACCCUCAGUUCAUGAAUUUCUGCUUCCCUGGCUCUGUGAUGGAGUACGAUGUGGAGAAAAGUCUGGACGGGAGUCUCCUGGGGGAGGCAGAAAAUGACGAAGACUACAAAGAGACCACCAGGGACCUGCUGAGCUUCAUAGACACGGCCUCCAGCAAUAUCAAGCUGGCCCUGGACAAGCCGGUGAAAUCCAAACGGAAAGUCAACCACCGGAAGUAUCUGCAGAAGCAGAUCAAGAGGUGCACCGGCAUCAUAACACCAGGAAACGGCGCCGAGGCCCCAGUCAAAAGACAGGGGUCCCCCAUGGCCCAGCCCAGCCCUUUGCAGAACAAGACUCUUCCUAAGCGCGAUGGGCUCCAGGCCAACUUGCAGAGCAAGAGCUUGGCAGCCCUCUUCAGCCCCGUGAAGGAAGUCAGGGGUGAAAAAGCCAAGAAGCCACCGCUGAGGCACCGCAACCUGCCCCCCUCUUUCUUUACCGAGCCGGCCAACUGCUCCAAAGUCAGCUCCACCUCUGGGAUGUCGCUGAAGGACUUGGAACGGGGAAAUCCCGAGGCCGCGGAGUUCUUCGAGCUCCUGGGGCCUGACUACAGCAACAUGGUCAGUGACCAGGACCUUUAUCAGAGCGUGCCCCUCCGUGUGCAGCCGGAGCUGGGCGGCCUGGAUCCCGCUUCCUACGACACUCACCAUUUAGUCGGUGGCCUCCUCUACUCCGAGCCCUGGACUAGCUGCUCUGGACCCUCUAAGAAACCGGGGGACAGCCUGCGGACGGGCCCGGCCCAGCCUCCCGUCUACUGUCAGUCCGAGGCUGCUGCCGGGCCCGUGGAGGACAACGCACUGUGCACUUUGGCUUUCCCGAACUUCUUCACGGACUGCUCCCUACCUCAGGUCACUUAUGAUUUAGGCGGUGGUUAUAACAGAGCUAAUUAUUCAUCUCUAUGAGAAACAAAUUUGUAAAUUAGAAGAGCUGCUGAAAAGCAAAUCAAAAGUCUGUGACAAGUUUAACAGUAGUCUAAGAGAGUAUGAUAUCACCGUAUCCUAUUUGUUUGUCUGUUGUGGAAAUAAUAUUGCGACUAUUUUUUAGUCAUCCUUGUUCUACAGAGGCUUUGUGUCAUGGGACUUUCCCUGAGAAAACACGAUCUUUCUUUCAUUAAAAAAAAUGUCAAAGCCUCCUCAAAAUGACUUGAUACCCUGUACUUUCAGAACAUGCCAGGUUCAUUUUCUACACGGUUCUGUGUAAUGUCUCACAUGUGGAUGUGGUUUUUUGUGUAACUCAAUUUCAAAAUGACAUUCUGAAUGAAAACACAUCUGAUGCUGGGUAUGUUUCACUUUUGUCCCCUGUGUGUGUGUGUGUGUGUGUGUGUGUGUGUGUGUGUGUGUGUGUGUGUGUGUGUGUGUGUGUGUGUGUGUGUGUGUGUGUGUGUGUGUGUGUGUGUGUGUGUGUGUGUGUGUGUGUGUGUGUGUGUGUGUGUGUGUGUGUGUGUGUGUGUGUGUGUGUGUGUGUGUGUGUGUGUAUCACAGUUUUGUAUUUAACAAAAAAGAAAUCAUUCAAGAACUGCAGAAGUAGUUGUUGGUUUAUUGUUAGGAAAUGAUAUGAUAGAACUGUUUUGAAAAAACAAACAUGCUACAACAAUCUCUCAGCGAGGCACUUUCUCAGUCCUAUUAGUAACAAUUCUGUGCAGAGACAUGGGGGGAUGACAGUGUUUGAUGCUAUAUUUGUGUUACAGUAUUUACAGCCCAGAAAGGAUUUUCAGCCGGCAGAUUUACUGCUUGUAUCCGUUUUUUUUGGGUGGGGAAGCAUUUAAUCUAUCUCGUUAUUGAAAGAAGAAAAAAUAAAGCUGGUCUUUAUUACCGUGA